CUAAGAUGGCGGCUACCGUAAAGAUUAAAGUACACUGAUUACAUUUUCGGAUAUAAAAUCAAUCAAAUCAGUAAACAUGGCAAUGGAAAAGUUAUAUGCUGUAAGGGAUACCCACACACGAUCAAUAACAGCUCUUGGUUACAACCCUGCUCGACGUGAAAUUUUAAUGGGCUGUGAGGAUGGUGUGAUAAAGACAUGGGAGUCGGAGAGCGGGAAGCAGGUGUCUGUCACUUGCGAACACAAGGGUUGGAUCACAGACUUCCUCUAUUGGACAGAGACUAAGUUGAUGUUAUCUUCUGCCAAUGACAGAAACAUCAUAGCUUGGGCUCCUGGUGGGGGAAUACAUGACAGAAUCACAAUUGGUGUUCCUGUAUACUGUAUGGCAAUAAAUCUUCGUCGCUUUCAACUUGUUUGUGGUGUUAAUGGUGGUAUUCGUGUUUAUGCAUUAGAUGAAAAUAAGGAGUCAGGUCAUGUGAUCAACUGUAACCGUGUGUUGUAUGUGGCGAAGGAGCACACUGACAUUGUUCGUUGUAUCAUCUGUACAGACACACGCACAUAUUCUGCGGGAUAUGAUCAGCGACUUAUUAUUUAUGACUCAUCCUUCACUGGGGAUAACAGUUUGGAAGCAAUAAACAUAAUCAACAAUGCACAUGAUGCUGGAAUAUCGUGCCUUCUUUUAGCAAAGGAUAAUGAAAAUAAUUCCUGGAUAUUGACUGGUUCAUUUGACAAGAGUGUAAAAAUCUGGACGGCUGAUGGCAAACCAGUCCACAAGCUUGACAACUUCAUAUCAACUGUGUCUGGUAUCUGCUAUGUUCCUCGCAACAAGACAGUCUGGGUGGCUGGAGGGUCCUCAUACGCCAGUCUGUUUGACCCAAAAUCUGGGGAUAAUGUAUCCGACUUUAUUGGGACAUUUCAACAGCAGGAGGAGGAGAAGUAUCACCUCCAGAUUCUCAAGUUCUUCCCAGAACUAAAUCAGGUUGUAGCUUCCACCAGUCGGAGACAUCUCAUUGUGUGGAAGUACAAUCCCUCAGGCUGUGUCACUGCUUUGAAGUGCAAAGUAGCACUGGAAAGCCUUUGUUAUACUCGUAAGGUGCCCAUCCUGAUAUUCAGCGGGGACCAUGAAGGUGCUAUUGUCAAGUGGGAACGGAUGCAAUCAAACCAUUUCAUGUACAGUAAGGAGGCGUUUGUGGUGAGUGACUCGAAGAUCAAAAAGAAGCGAAAAACUGGAAGCAAGAAACGUGAGUUGAUGCUGGAACAGGAACUCAGUGAUAAACUCAACAACAUGUCCAUGAAGACGGAGGAGAUGAACAAGGCCAACAACAAGAACAUACAGAGCCACUACGCUUUCAACAAACCCAUCAUACCACCGGCGUCAACCCAUAACCACCCGCACACAACCAUCCUGCGAUGUCUGUUUGUGGAGAGUCUUGACAUCAUCCUGGCUGCAUCGGAGGACACAAACAUUUAUGUGUGGGGUUUUGAUGACCAGGCAGUGUCAGUGCUGCAGGACAUGAAGCCUCUGGACAUGGAGACUCUAGUCAACAAGUACAGCAUCCUCCUAGACUCUGACUCCGAACUCCUUCCGCAAAACACCAAAGAUGGGGAGAGUGAUUCCGUGACAAACCGUGUUGCCGGGUUUGUGUGUAAAUAUGUGUUCUGUGAGCAUGAAUCAUGUGUCACCAGUCUAGUCGUCAUAGAGAAGGAAAACAGCCAAGACUCAACUUACCUUUUAAGUGGUGGCUGGGACCGGAGGAUCUGUAUCUGGGACCUGGAGGCUGGCAGACUUCAUGAUACAUUCCGGAACACAAGUACCCAUUCAUGUAGCCAUGACAACAUGGAGCUAGCAUGUGAUGGUGACAUCAUGGGCAUGGACUACAGCCCUAGCAGACGGGAGUUUGCCUAUGCGUCUAGUGACAAGAUGGUGUACAUUCGUAAGUUCUCAACCACCGGUUCCAAAAUGACCUUGGUGAACACACUUCAAGGUCAUGAUGCAGAGGUCACAUGUGUUUGUUGGAACACUAUCCUCACCAAAUGGGUCACAGGUUCUGAUGAUGGAACCAUUCGCAUAUGGUCUGGUUCUGGCUUGAAUGAGUGUGAGCAGAUCCUGUCAGCACAGGGAGGGGUCCACUGUCUGUGCAUGGACAAGAUAAAUGGGGCCAUCGUUGCAGGCAUACAGAAUGUGAUCCGAGUGUACGACCCAGAGUUCUACAGGCUCAUGCAGACUAAUGUAGGACAUAGUGACGCUGUCAGAGACAUCAUUCACAUCAAAGAAAGAAACCAGUAUGUGUCAUGUUCAUGGGACCAGUCAAUUCGUGUAUGGAAUGCCUGGAAAAAGCAAGUGAAACGUAAGGACCCAGAGGAGGGAGGGGAAAACAAGGGAGACAACAAGAUGAAGAAGGUGGAGAUCUCCCUUGAGGAAGAGGAGGAGGAAAAUGAAGAGCAAGGUGAGGAGGAGACAAAUCCUGAAUCACCUCCUCCAGAGGAGAGUGAAAGUCAAGCGGGAGAAUCAGGGACAACUGGCCAAACUUGAUUGAAUUGGGAGUAUAUGGUCCAAAAAAAAUGUUUUUAAUUUAAAUGCAAAUAAUGUCAAAAUAUUCAUAUUGUUAUGUAAUAUUACAGUUCCUUUCAUGAUGAUUUUUCUUCAUGAAAAUGACUGGAGCAUCUUUUAAACAUAUGGACAUUGAUACUCAUUCAGUGCUAAGUUAUGUUCCUGGAAAUGAUGUGUCAAAAUAAUAUUUAGUUAUCAGGUGAAUAUGUAAAUGAAUCUCAAAUCAAUGCCAUUUGAUUUAGAUGUUAAUGUUCAUGUUUCAGUGAAUACAUGUAGGUGUUAGUUUGUUAUGUCUCCCACAUAGGGAAAGGAGACAUUGAUGUUGUUCAAGCCAUCUGUCUGUCUGUUAGAUGAAUGGAUGUUAUUAGUUUGUUUGUAUCCCCAAAACUGCUUGUGGGAGUUUAAUGAAAUGAAUGAUAAGUACCAUGCCAAGUUCGCUGCAAAUCUCAAAAACUGCUGGAGGGCUUUUGAUUAAACUUCAAACGAAUGAUAAGUACCACAAUUAAUUGUGCAUUGACAUUUGCAUGUUCUGCUUGUGUAUUUUUAACAGAGUUAUGGCCCUUUGAUGUUUUACAUAUAGUGAUUUUUUUGUUAAUGGAAAAUCGCUCAAACUGCUAAAGGCAUUUUAAUGAACAGGAAUAAUAAAUACUGAGUCUAGCUGUCCAUUAUCAUCAGCAUGUUCGACUUAGGUAUGAUGUAACAGAGUUAUGGCCCUUUUUUAAAUGUAGAGAAUAGUGAUUAAUUUGUUUGUGGAAAAUCUCCAAAACCACUCCAUAUAUGUAAAUAUGGAAUUCUUCUUUAGCAUAUAGUCUACCUCCAUAUUAUUCAUUACAAUUAACUCCUUUUAUAUAAUAUUUGUUUUAAAUCAGAAUAAAGAUGUAUUUGUGUCAUAGUCACAUUUCCUGGGAUUCAAACCUGAAUAUUAAUAGUUAUUAAUUAUUAUGGAUUAUACACGUGUAUACAUUGAUUGUACCCACAAAUGCAUUUAUAUUUUCUGAAGCACUUGUUUUAUUUAUACACUGAUAUGAGUUUUUUGAAGAUAGUGUGAGCAAGUAUUUACUAGUUAUAUUCAUAUGUUGUUGUUUUUUCUAUAUAGACUAUUAGGUAAGUCUUGUUGCUCUAUAAUUGUUCUGUUUGUGUUUUUGAUGUUUUUUAUGUUUAUCGUUUCUUUGUUUGUUUUUCUGCAUUUUCCCUGUUGUGUAUUUAUUGAUUUUAUGUAUUUUAACAAAGUUUGAAAAAUUAAACUUUGCGGGAGUCUGCUAACACAAUGUUAUGAGCAUAAUUACAGUGUAUGUUGACUUAUUCAUAGUUUGAAUUUUGCUCACAAAGUUGAAGAUUUUCUUUCCUCAUUUAACAUGACUUAUAGGUUAAGGGGUAUACCUCUGAACAUUUGUGUAUCAAAUAACAAUAUGAUGUGUUGUUAAACAUGGCUUAGAAUUAGUUUCUUCUUUGGUUGUUAUCUUAUUGCUUAUAGGUUAUCUUUUAGACGUGUGCCAUUUAGAUAAGUGAUAUUUGAUAACAUGUUAAAUACCUUAUAUAAGGUAAUCAAUAUUAUACCUAGUAUUACUUCCAAACAGAAACAGCAUUUCAAAGGAUAUCAAUUUCAAUGUGAUAUUUUAUACAUGAAUGGUGCUAUUGAAACUCUCACCUCCUGUUCUAGAGCGUGCACUGCGGCUAUAUUUCAGCCAUCUUGCUGCUGGAAAUGGACACUGUGAAGAAUGGACUAAAUUACUGGGAAAACUGGCAAGCUUCACUCAUCGAUUAGUGAUUCCGUUACAUAAUAUGUCUGUAUAUAAUGUACAUAGGAACAAAGGUGUAACAUACAUAUAUAUAUGUAUAAGCAUUAUCUAUAGAGACAAUUAUCCAUGUGAAUAUUUAAUUUAAUAUAAUAAACAUAAUGUAUGCAUUUUCUUCAAGAGCAUUUAGUGUGAUGUAUCUGUUUUCUAUGUCUUAAUGCGAAACCAUAUCAUAUGACUGUGUAUUUGUUUGUGUGUGAUCAUUUGAAAAUCAAAAAUGUUCAUUCAUGUAUCAUCAUUAUUUUACUGUCCAUAAGGCUCACCUUUUAAGAAGAAAUCAAAAUCAAUCCUUAACUAGUAUGUAAAUAGAUAUCUCUAUUGAAAACAUCCCUUACAAUAUACAGUAUGGUGUGUAAGGAAACAUAUGUAUGUAAUGAAUAGAUAUCAAGACACAUUAUUUUUGUACUGACACUUUAAUUUAUUUAAAAAAAUAACCAAGGUAAUAAAUAAAUAUGUAUAGUAUUCUAUACAUAUAGGUAAAGUUCAAGUUUACUAAUGUCAUUUUUCUUUCCUCUAAUGUUAUAUAGCUUGAAAGAAUAUAUCUUUAUAUGAGAUAUAACAACAGUCCUGAACAUAUCCCUCAAAAUUGUUAACUUCAAUUGGCAAACAACAAUGGCAGGAAUGUUAAGGGUAAGAAAUUUAUGAGCUGAUAUCUACAUUUAUAAUUCAUUAUGUGAUAUUUCACUUCAUGUUUUAUGCAGAUUGUUUUCAACCUUCAUGAAGAUGUUAUAAAUUGUUUGUUAGAUGUAUUUAAAUUAUUUAUUAAAGACUUCUUUUAUUCAUGAU